CAGCCAGCCGGGGGAGAAUAUAGCAUACAUAAUUGUGCACGAGACAUCAAGGCCCGAACCCACACAGCCAUCCGCGCACCAACCCCUUCAGCGUCGGUCGGUCGGUCGGAGACGGUGAAUCAGAAAUACCGGCUCUAGUAGACUAGUCCCCAUCUAUAUCAGCACCACCGGGCAGUUGAUCAGUCACUCAAGGACCAACCAACCAACCAGCCAGCCGGCAGGGACUGUGAGUUCAGUUGAAUUAGUAUCCAGCACGUGUAUGGAAGCGGCUUUCGUGACGGACCACUUCCAAUACUGUCCUUCUUCUACGGAGCACACUACCGUCUAGCCUAGAAAAAAUCGAUAAUUCUUACCAUGGGUGGGUUACUUUCUAGUGAAAUUUAAAACAUUGACGGCCGUUGGUUGUUCUGACUGAGGAGGCUCCGGCUGAGAAGGUGUCCGAAGGUUCUCGUCGUGCUGCUUUUUUUUAUUUGUUGUUUUGUCGUAUCAGAAAACGAGAGCAAAAGUUGGUCGGACAUGAAAGAAGCUAUCGAACAGGGAAAAAAAUAAAGAGUCUGGUGUUGUAAUCCGGGUGGAAGCGAGGUCGUCGCGGUGGUAAAUGUAUAGUGCGGUAGUGUGUAGUAGUAGUAACUGGCCAGCCAGACAUACCUCAACUACUACUGGUCCGAUCCCGUGAAAAGGGGGCUUGUGUUGUUCCGCCGGGGCCAACAACCAAAAAGCAGACGAAGCAGACCGGACAGAAGAGAACAGACUGAGCGAGGUGUGCGUGGAAAACAGACCCGAACUGUGGCACUGGACCCGUGGAGAGAAGGAUCGAUUGGAGCGAGAGUUCCGCACUCUUCGAACUCAUCCUCCCAAGGUUUCAUCGAACAUAAGAAUCGGACAGCACUGGUUUGGUGAAUGCAGGCCGCUAUUCGUUAAGCAAUAGAGAGUGAAACUAGUAGGUGUAUUCGUAACAAAAAAGAACAAAAACAAAACAAAGCAAAACCGUUUUACAGCAAGAGUUGGAAGUGCGGUUGGUUGGAAUCGUUUGACAGUCGCGGAAACAGAAAAACUAAACGAAUCCAAACCAAACAACAAAAAAAAAACGCAUUGAGCAGGAAGGAGUUUCGAGCUAGUUAAUUUCGGUGUAGAUCUUAAGCGCAUCUCAUCAUCUUUCGUGAAAUAAUUAGGCAUUUUUCCUUGAAUAAUAUAAAUAGACACAUCAAACUCGUCGCAUCACCUAGAACCCAUGACUGCGCAACAUUUUUUGUAACGAAUAAAUCAAAAUAAUAAUUAAAAAAAAAGAACUCAAUCUUUAGACAAAAUAUUCAUACCGAACUUAGUCAAAUUUAAAACAAAAACCAAAAUUUCUUCAUGGAGGAAGCAAAAAAACCCUACCGCUAAGCAGUAAACUACCAAGUUAGAUAUCGUUUUAUUUCGUGUAAAGUAAAUAACAAAAAAAAAACAAAGGAACAACGCACAUAAACAAGCCGGUGGAACGUGAGUGACGGAAGCGCUUCCGAACAACAAGACAUACCUUUUCAAACUAUAUAGCAGGAGUACGGAUGAAAACAGGAAACAACUUCACCUUCUAAAUCUAGCGGAAUUUUCGAGUGUCAACGCACGAAGCAGCCGGACAAAGUGACCGGAGUUUGUAACACGAAUCUAAUAAUCAACGGGAAAACGUGUAUAUUCUAGUGAAAUAUCGUUAUUGCUAAACUAAUAUAACAACCGAAAAAAAAACAAAAAAUCGGAUACAAAAAAAAAAUCGGACCCCGAUCGGAUAAUCAAAAUUUGUUACACAAACCACGUACCGCAAUUCGGAAACAAAAAUUACACACACUUCCAACUAAACAUUAGCAAAAAAAACAAAAAAAAACCUUCAAAAAAUUACACACAUCCCACAACAGCACAAAAAUGUCCUCUGCCAGUAUGGAUGAAUUCUCUCUUGCAUUUGAUGAUAACCGACAGAGCGCAACGGCGACGCUGCUUCCCCCGGGGACGACCACUCUGGCUCAGCUGACGUCCCACUUCGAGGAUCUGCAUCUGGGCGUCGGUGUCGGUAGUGGCAGUCUCAGUCCCGGCGGUGGUGGUGGUGGUGGUGGAGGAGGCGUUGGUGGCGGCGGAGUAGGAGGUGGCGGUGGAGGUGGUGGUGGUGGUGGACCAUUGAGUCUUGGUAGUGUGGAUUCGAAUUCGGCCGUAGUGGAUGAACUGAUUCAGCAGAACUCCAAGGUGUUCGAUACGUUCGUAGCGAUGAUCAACGGGCUAACGCCGAAGGUCGAAGAACGACCGGUCAAAUAUAAGUCACACACGGAGUGUGUUCCGGUGCCGUCCUCGGAGCAUGUAGCGGAAAUUGUGGGUCGCCAAGGUUGCAAGAUUAAGGCCCUCCGGGCAAAGACGAACACGUUCAUCAAAACACCGAUUCGCGGUGAGGAACCGAUAUUUGUUAUUACCGGUACGAAGGAGGAUGUGACCCGAGCGAAGCAGGAGAUUCUGUCGGCAGCCGAUCACUUCAGUACGUUGCGUUCGUCGAAGAAGCAGGCCAUGGCACUGCUGGCGGAAAGUCGGAACAUGUUGGGAUACAGCACACCGGAUGAGAUUACGAUUCAGAUUCGGGUACCGCAGAAGGUGGUCGGACUGGUGGUGGGACCGAAAGGUGCUACCAUCAAGAAUAUUCAGCUCAAAACCAAUACCUAUAUUAUAACUCCAAAGCGAAACCAAGAGUCGGUGUUCGAGAUUACCGGUUUGCCGACAAAUGUUCACACGGCCCGACAGCUGAUCGAGGAACACAUUGCGACACGGGCGGGAACGUCGGCCACCAGUUCCAGUGCUAGUUCAAGCAGCAGCAGUAGUUCCAGCUCGAGCAGUUCGAGUAGCAGCAGUUCCAGCAGUGGUGGAAGUAAUCCUACCACAUCGCCCCAAAGCACACUGACCAACGGACAUCAUGAUCUUCUGCAGCACCACGGCGGUGGCGGUGGUGGAGGUGGUGGUGGUGGUGGUGGCGGAGGCGGUGGUCUACAUGGUUUGCAUGGACAUCACAUUGGACUGCCGGCAGAUUUCGAUACCAAUCAGUUCAUCAUCGACAACCUUCUGGAAUAUUUCAACAACAUGAGCUCGGCGUACAAUUCGCCGACGACGCCACCAUCUGGUGGCAACGGAAUCAACCAACAUCACCAUCAGCAACAUCAACACCAUCAUCAGCAGCCACAACAACCGCAUCAUCACUCGCAUCUGUCAGGCCUGGGUGGAGGUCUCGGCAAUUGCAACAACAGUAGCAACAGCAGCAACGGUGGACUCAUCGAGAGCGUUCCGGACUUCCGGAAUAUCUGGGAAAAUCUCAGUGAGAGCCAAGGCUCCGGCAUCGGUACGGACACGGACAACUCGUCCCUCAUCUGGACGCUACCGUCGUCGUCCCGAAAUUCGGUGUCCUACUCGCCGGAUGAUUUCAUCUUCCAGCGAUAAAGUGCUGAGGGGUGUUUGCCUCAAUCCUCCCCUCCCCCUCACCAUGCUAUUUACUAUUACUAUUAUUGCUUAUCUGAUUAUUUACUUAGUAGUGGACUUAAUGUGUUUUUAUUUUAGUUAUAUAUAUUUUUUUGAUUAUAUUUUCUCUCGAAUUUAAUUAAGGCCAGGCAAGUAGUGCGUGAAAACUAAAAAAACAAAAUCCUCUGAUCGAAUUUUAUCAGUAGACGCUAGGAAUGGAAGAAAAAAAUCAAUUACGGCGAAACGAGCGAGUAGAAACGCGCAUUAAGAGAAGGACGGAAUCGCUCAGUGACUCGGAAAGUGGUAACGGAAGUAAAAGAGAGAAUUAGAGAACGAACAUGUAAAGGUUCUAAAACAAUCAUAACAAAAACACACUAAACGAAAAAAAAAGAAAAGGUAAAUGAAGAUAAUUUUUUUUUGUGUUCAAAUUGCAUUUGUUAAAUAAUCCUUGUUGAGUAUUAUGAAGGAAGGUGGUGGUUUUAUUUUCUAACGGGACCGAUCGAGUAAUUAUUGUUCAGGUGUCAGUCGGUUGACAGUCAGCGAUAAAUCCACAAUCGGAUGGUUCAAUUCAUAAUUUAUCAACUCUGUCAUAAAAAAAAUCACUCGUCACUGCCACAGUCUGCAUAAAUCCUAUUCAACCAUGAAUUUUAAGAAUUUUUAAUUGAAAACACGUUUUCGAAAUCGUAGAACGACAAAUUAGAAUCUCUCUCGCAGCCUACUUUUGUUACGUUAAUAGCUAUUUUGCUUCUACGUUUGUUGUCUCCUGAUUCUCACGUGAUGUUUGACAGCUAUCGGCGAUUUGUUUACAUUUUCAUUUUUCGAUAAACUUUUCAAAAGGCCGUAUAAGCAUGUAUUUUUUUUCUUAUAAUUAUUAAUAAGCCGUUCUUACGUCUUUGUAUAAAGCGAUGACUGAAAUCAUUGAAUUUCGGUCAGAGCUGGAAAAUGAAUGUCAAUAUUCAUAGUCGCUUCAGAAAAAUCGGAGACGAGAGUAAGCAAAGCGAGUUUGCCACUUGCUUAUAAGGCUUUUGGGAAAAAAAUCCAAGAAUUAGUUUUCAGCUGCCAAACGACAUUCAACCAUCUUAUUUUUAAUGUCGUUUUUGCUUGGUUUGAAACCAGUUUCAAACCUAGUUUGAACUGAAAAAACGGGUCAGUCACAGUUUCUUUAAAAGUGUUUGUUUGAUGGAACUACCCUGGGUCAGUUUCAGCUUCCUCAAGCGAAAACGACAUACGUGAGGUUAUGUUAUGUUCGUGUCAAACAGAUGUCAGGUCUGCAGAUUUCUAAAAUAAGCAGGCCGACAUUUUUUGUUUGCAGACUUUUGAAAAUCACCGACCGAUUGACUUUUGAAAAUCACCGCGAGAACUUGAAGUCCGCAGACUUUUUUUUGAGUUUACAGACUUUUUCAUACUUACCAGAAGAUAUUUGAAAUUUUUACCUUUUUUUUAUUAUAGUUCAUUCCAAUUUUUUGAAAAUUGGAAUGAACUAUAAUUCAGAACACAUAACUCUAACAGGUUCGAACAUUUUGAGAAAUUCAUCGAAAAUUAGGAGAUAUUAAUAGUAGAUUAUUAUUAAUGAUCUAGGGUAUCUCAUAUACGAAAACCAUUAGUUAGAUUGAUAUAUGUUGUCUCUGUUUGAUAGUUUGACUUCAAGAGUAAGAUGAAAUUAGUUCCGCGAAGCUAUAACAGCAGUAUUGAACAAUUUUCGAAUUAUUUUUACUGUGGUGUUGCUUUGUAAAGUCGAAGCAAACAUGUAGUGUUCGAUUUUAUCACAAUUAGUUGAUUGAACGUCGAGUAAUCUGUAAAAUAACAUGGUGACUCCACUAAUGAGAUGACUAUGAAUUAUGUAUUUCAAGCCAGUCUUCGUAUGAUCGAGCACAAAUCUGGAAGGAAGUAUAUUUAGACUGUGUACAAUUACACGCAUUUUGAAUCUCAGGUUCAUGUAAAAGCUCGCAUAAGAAAGUAAUUCUUUUUGUUUACGCGGUGGGCAGAUUUCCCCACCGACGACUGGCUAUGUCUGCCCGAAUUCUGCCUGCAAUAGUCCGGGAACACUGCAACAACCGUUUCCAACUGCGAAUUUCGUCUAGCGGUCGUUAACGGUUCUGUUCCAGCUAAUUUUUGCCAUACAAGACUAUCAGAACGGUUUGAAUCGGUUGGACAUUUAUGACUUGAUUCAAUUGCUGAUGCUCACAAAGUUAUUACAAAAAAAAAAAAAAAACAAAAUCGUUCAACUAAACAAAAAACAAAAUCGUUCAAAAUCAACUAAUAUGUUGGAAGUUGUUUAUAAGAUAAUAAAACCGGAAAAGAAGUAAUCUUUAACUGGUAAUUCAAAUGUGAACGUAGGAACGUUUUAGACUGAGGUGAUAGAAGACGAAACAGGUAAAGAGAAGUAGUUACUUCGAAUUUGCGAAGCGGAAUUUGGAAAGAAUUAUCGAGAAUUACGGUAUCAAUCGUGAAUAAUGAAUUGUAGUAAAGUGUUAUGAAUUAUUAUUUGAACAUAUAAUUUUGAGUUAUGAAUUAUAAAUAAUGAAGCUUGAACUAUAGAUUAUUGUUCAUAAGUCAAGAAACAUCAUUCAUCAAUCAUCACUCGCUCAUCAAUCAUCGUUCACUCAGCAAUUAUCAUCAAUAAUUAAUCGCUAGCCAUUACUCAUUCAUCACUCAUGCAUCCAUUUUCAUAAAAUCAUUCAUCUUGGCGAUUGAUUGUUCACAAGAAAAAUCACUGUACAUUUUAUAUUAUUUUUGUCAAUCUCAUUAAUUUCUGAUUUUUUUUCUCGAGGAUUUGCACUAACAAUUCGACGUCAACAUUUCAUAAGGUCACAUAAACCAAUGAGAGUUUCUCUUUGUUUACUUUCUCUUUUGUUAAUAUCUCCUUAAUUUUCACGUGUACUUAGAAAAUAUUCGUAUAGAAUGAAAUUCCCAUGCUUUUAACAGUACCAAAUAUGUAACGAACAAUUGUAUAAUAACGCAGAUAUAGUCAAAAGAGAAAGUAAACAAAGAGAAUCUGUCAAUUGUUUUUAUGCUCCCCCCUCUUUCUGGAGAGAGAAUAUUGGCGGAUUGAUGGACAAUAUCUUCGUCCAUCCGAUGAAAUUUCUCUUACCCGAUCAAAAGUAUUGUCAAUACUCCUUGUAUUGACAAUAAUCUCGGAUGAUUUUUCAAACGGCCGCCUGAGCAAGUGACAGUUUCUCUUUGUUUACAUUCUCUUUCGAUUCUUGUGACGUGAUUAUAAAGGUUUUAUUGGAUUUUAUCAUUCUGUUUGGAAGUUGAAGAUUAUGGGUAUCAAAGAGCUGAGUGAUAAACGUGAAAACCGCUUGGUAAUUAAUAGAGGAAGAAGUAAACAAAGAGAAACUGUCACUUGCUCUUACGGCCUUUUGAAAAAUCAACCGAGUAAUAUUGUUUCUCGUAAGGGCCGCUUAAAGCACUAUUCAAACGGCCCGUCAACCUUCACCACCGUGGAUAAACUAUGAAUUGAGCUUGAAUGUCCAGUUUUAUGCCGAUGUUAGAAUCAAAAUCUCAGAAAAUAAAAAUGAAUCGCUCCUUCGUCUUGUGUUCGAAAAUGCCACCACCGACCAUCCCAAAAUCAAAUUAAGACAAAUAAAAGAAUAUCUAUAAGCAGUUGACGAUCAAAGGUGGAUCCCUGCGCUGCAUGACAAACAAACGCAUAAAAAGCAUUAAACCUAUGUUUAACAGUCAUCAACAUUCGUUCCCCAUUUUGUUACAGCCGAAUGUGCACGACUAGACACACAGUUACACAGUUUUGUGGUUUUGUUUAUCUAUUGAAAUUCUGAUGAAAUAUUUUUUUUCUGUUUGUGAGAAGGACAAGAAGUUAAGGGAAUAUAUGUAUGAAGAAAUUAAAAGAAAAAAAAAGUGAAACUUAAAUCGAUAAUCAAGCGAUUGACAGAAGCAAUUUUAGCCCCCGGGGUAUUGUUUUUCGCCCGCAGCAGCAGGCGAAAAAAAUACUACUUAAUUAUUAUUAUUAUUAUUAUCACUAUUAUGUGUGUAACUUUUGGGUAAAAUGCCGACGGGCGAAAGCGGUGUACGUACGUGAAGAGAAGAAUUUAUCGUGAAAACAGAAAACGAAGAAAAAAAAACACGUGGCGCAAAAUAUAAACGCAGAGUAACAGAAAGUAAUAAAUAUAAUUAUUGAAAAAAAAAACUAUUGAUAUGAAUAAAAUUAUUUAUAUGGGAGUAUAUAUAUAUAUUUAUAUAUGAUUAUAUUUAAUUAUUAUCAAUGGAAUAAAACAGAUGAGAUGCAAAAAAAAAUAAUAAAUUUAAAUGUGAAGCGAAACAAGCAAAACAAAACUUGAAGAGACUACGAACUAGAUGUGAGAUAAAAACAAAAGAAUAUUAAAAGAAACGACUCGAAAACAGUAAGCAAAACAGAAGAUUAAUCCUUGACUUAUAGAGAGAUGGAAAGAGAAAGACAGACAGAGUAAGUUCAUUAUUAAUAUAUUAUAUCGUAUGAGAUUGAUUUUAUUACUAUGAAUUAGAAAUAUAUUUAACUCUAAUUAUUACAAAAGGAGAUGCAAGACAGGGAGAUAGAUACGAGAGGCGGAGAAAGAGUGGGAAACCAGAGAUUAUGAUGGCGGAGUGGACUUUUGUGUGCGCACUUCGCCUAUUCCCUAAAGUAUAGUAGUUCUUUGACAAUUCAAUUGGAUUUUAGCAUUACCCCUAUUGAUUAUUAAUUAGCAAGAGCAUAACAACAUUACUUAUUGGAUAACGAUUAACUAUAAAUAAUAAUUGAAACAACAAAAAAAACGUGAAACAAAAAGACCCUUUGAAAACUGAUUGAUUAUAUUUUUGUUAGUGCUUUUAUUUUUACCGUUUAAAAGUUUAAUUUAUUUUUAUAUAGUUUAUUUUUAUCUAAAUAUUUAUAUUCGAAAGAGCUAGAGCCCCGUUAGAUGUGAAGAUAGCAGUUAAGGAGCGAGCAAGGUGCCGUUUUGCAGCUGAACCAGAUUCGGAUCAUGUGAAACGAGCGGAGAAUGCAAAAAAAAAGCAGAUGAAAAUAAGCAUAAAUAAACAGAGGGAACCGUGAGCCCAAUAAUAAAUGAAUAUUGAAAAGAAAAGAGUGAAAAUAUUAUAGUAAACUAGACAGUAAAACUAAUGAUAUUAUGUUACAUUAAAGAAAAAUAUUUAAUAACAAAACAAAAAAAAACAAUAUCUAAUGGAGAAAAGAAUAUGAAACCGAAGCAGAAGUAAACCCAGUAUAGCAUGACGUAUAAGCCAGUGGCAGUUUGGUAUACCGGAGCGAAGUGAAAGAAAGGAAAAAAGAAGAAAAAAAAAACAGAAAUACAAAGAAGAUUAAAUUUAAAAUUUGUUUAUUGUUUUUUAGUUUAUAUUACAUUCUAAACUGACGGGGGCGAUAGGCCCCGAGAUUAGAACACAAACGUGCUGGUUCCGUUUAUAUUUUCUACGGCUCAACACAGUGAAAAACGAUCAUUGAGAUGCGGUCUAAGACGAUAUCAUUCUGUCCUGAGCUAAGCUGGUAAAGUAUCUUACGAUCAGAUAGUUCUUGAUUCAUCGUAGAAAUUCGACUUGUACUUAAAACCGUUCCGCAGGUACAGACUCCGUACUACAGAGUUGGCAGGUUUACCAACAGAAGAAAGAAAACUUGUGACGAUGUUCUGGCAGAGCUCUGACAAAAGUCCAGUAACAAUGCAGGAAUCGUUUCCUACCGAGUAUUUUGUCUAUCAGUUUUUAAUGAACCGUUUUGAAUCGGUUCGAAAAAAUCGAUGACCGGCGAUUACAUUGCUUUUACAUCAAGGGUCAGAUCAGCGGAUUUCUAGCGGUUGCCGGAAAUUCGACCCCCCGUGUACGCCCGCCUGUGAGAAAUCCUGGCAAGAUUACGGAAACUGUCAAAAUUUUGCAGGCGAAAUUGCGUCAUUCUUUCGCCACGUGUCUUUAAAAGAUCGCUCUUCCUUCUUUUUUUCUGUUCGACUUCAUUUGAGUUUCGUCAAUCCUGCACGUAAAUGAAAUGAAAAUACUGGUAUAUUGAAAGAAGGAGCUUUGCAUAUCAUGUUGGGUAGGGCAUUUGUUCAUUUAAACUUCUAAUGAAAAAAAAAUAAAACCAAAGGCUCUAAAAAUGAAAAACCGAUUCAAAACGGUCCUGUCAGUCUUGUAUGGCUGAGAUCUGGCAGGAACAGAGCCGCUAAUAACCGCUAGUCGAAAUUCUCUGCCGGGAGCGGUUGUUGCACUCUUGCCGGAACUCUGCCAGCACUCUUUUUGCGGACAUUUGAAAAUCAAGAUCAAGAACUUUUAUCCCGUCACUGCAAUCAAAUCCAAAAAGAAAAAAAGCUCGUACGGAAAUGUUUGUCAUCUUUCUUGUGAAAUUUGUAUUAAAUUUAGAAACUGUAUUCUGUAGUACAUCUGCAUGCGCAUAUAAAAGUCUGUACAAUACAGAUGAAUCUGUAUAGAUGGCAUCCCUGGUUACAUUAUCUGGUUAAAUCUGUCUGCCGCCUGAGGAAAAAACUGCUGGCGAAUAGAUAGUUAGAUCGUAGUUUCCAAAUCGAAUUACACCUUUCGUGUCCUUGCCGUUGCAAUCUCGUAAUAAAUUUAUCAAUAAAAUUUGUAUUGAGCACUUAUGUUACGGAGAAACAGCCGCUAAAUGCAGUUCCGAAAGUUCCAUUUUAGAAAAUCAAAUUGAAAAUCGAACACGUGAUGUAUUUCAUGGCUUGCUUGAACUAACGAACUGUUCAAAUACGGCAAAUACGCACACGGUUAAAUGAAAGUGGUCGUAAAUGAGUAUUAUACUACCCAUAUCGGACAUAAUUGGGGAAACUCAUUUGAUGGGUAAAAGGCUUUUAUUCAAAAGUGGGUAUUGUCUAUAUAUGUCAAAAUAUGGGUAAUAUGGGUAUGGGAUUUCCACAAAAGAAACUGGAUGACAAAGAAAUCAGUGCUGGAAACUCGGAAAAAAAGGAAGCAAUAAUUUUGAAUAUUUACAACCAGUAGGUGGUAUUAAACCGUUUAUUAUUGUGUAAUAAUAAAAUAAUACGAAAGCUGCACGUUACACUGAUUUUUCUGCAUUUUCACUUGAACAAAGAGCACGAGUUCUAAACGGUCAAACGAUUACUGUUAUGAUUUUAUUUUGUAGGCAAACACGUCCAGCAAAUUUGCCAUUUUUAAUUAAUUUAUCUGAAUUAGCAAAUUAAACACUGCGAACAAUUUAACGAACGUAUCGAUAGCGUUGACUCUUUUCCACAGGUUAUAAUCCUUGAUGGAUUGAGUGUCCGAAACCCAUCUAAUUAAUGGAACUGCUAGCUCAGCUUGUAUGCCAAUAUUAGGCUCCAUAUUUUCCUUAGUUUUCAUCCCCAUGCAGGUUAAUUUCAUCAUACGAAGCAAUUAUCUUUUGUAAUCUGGAAUAAUGAUCAAUGUUCCAAACAAGGUUUGAAUCAUUCUUUAUUUUCAAUUAUAUCUGUUUACCAUUGGAAACUUGUUUGAAAGCAUGCUGAUUAUGCAUGAGACCUUUGGUGAAUACUUUUUUAAGUCAACUUCCUGAUCGAAGCUGGAUUGAAGCUCAUCCAUUUUUUUAAACGUAAGAUUAAAUUCUGCUGUUGGAAGUUUUAUAUGGGAGAUCUAUAAUAGAACUGAAAUUGGAAUGAACAUAUCCCCAGCAAACGGUUUUAGCUUUAUUUAUUCGAACAGUUCUUCUGAAAAAUUUAAUUCUGGCUUAAACUGCCGUUCUAUUUUUUUCUUUGUUUGAAACACGAGUAAAACGCUACUGGGGCUUUCUUGUUAUAAUUUCAAGAUUUAAAUUUUAAAUCUUAUAUAAAUUAUUCAUCUAGAACUAGAACACUACUGAAUAUGCCCUAACCUUUGCUAUUCAAUCCUCUUAGCAAAAAACGUUCAACGGUGUUCCUUCGUUGGUCCAAUACGUUGGAGCAUUGGUCCAAUGAACGUCCAAUCAAUCGUUCAACGGGAGGCCAACACGGGGCAUUCGUUUGUCGAUUGUGAAACAGACCGUUGUACCGAAUGCCAUUUUUUUUUCGUUCAAUAAACCCGGCAGACAGAGGUCCAUUGUUGAGUCAAUUUUAAUAUGAGGAGUUGGAGCCCCAUUGGACCACUUUUACUGGAGAAUUUCUGAAGUUUUUUUCCAUUUAUUUUUUUAAAACUAACAAUACAUACCUGCACAAUACUUCUACUUCACGUAGAAUAACAACAAAUUUUCUUUCUAUAUGGAGGUAACACCUAAUUUUCACACUAUUUUUGCAAGAGAAAAAAACAACAACAAACCGUUCCAGUAAACUGAACGAAUAUUUCGUGCAAUAUAUCGUUCAACAAGCGCUCAACGAUCAACAAAAUAGAACCGCCUGCUGAGAGGGAACUAUUAACAAAUUGCAAACACCGUGACCAUUAAUGAGUUGAAUUUUAACCAUUUUAUUUGCGGAACAGCAAUACUGAGAUGAAUAUUCUUUUACCCAUUUCCUCAAUUGGAAAAGUACUCAUUUUGCGACAACUGGGUAUUUUUGGUACUCAUUAAUGAGUAGUUUCAUUUAACCGUGCAUGAAGUGAUCAACGCGCUUUUUCCGCUUGUGAGAAAUUUUGACAGCAGACAGAAGUCUGGCAAGAUUCCAGUAGCUGUCAAAAUUUUGCAGGCGAAAUUGCUUAAUUUUUUCGCCACGUCACGUCUUGCAAGAUCGCUUUUCCUGCAUUUACAUCCAAAAAUGAAAACGUCUUGAGACCACGUAAAUAAAAUAAAACACUGGUAUAUUGAGAAAAGAAUCUUUGCAUACCAUGUUUGGUAGUGUAAAACUCAUUUGUACUUCUAAUGAAAAACUUAAAUCAAAGGCGUAGAACCGAUUCAAAACGGUCUUACCCGCCUUGUAUGGCAAGAAACCGAACCGUUUAUAAGCGCUUGGCGAAGCUUUCUGCCGGAAGCGGUUGUUGCAUUGUUGCCAGACUCUUGCCAUUUUGGAAAAACCCUCUGGCAGGCGUUGCCAGUUUCUCAGUUUCUUUGGGGAGCGGGGGGUUCUGUAACUGCCAGGCACGUGCAAGCGGGUAAUUGUUUGACUUCAAAAGACUGAAACUGACAGUGAAUCAGAGAUGCCAGGUAAAUAGUUCAAACGUGGCUAUUUCAAAAGUCUGUAAAUUUGGACGAAUGUCUGCGAAAAACUCGAUUUUAAAAAGUCAGCACUUGAGAAGAAAUCUGCACAUUCUGCAGCGAACCGAGUUAAUCGAGGGGUCCUGUUCAAAUGAUACAUGAAAAAUCACAGACCACUCUAACUUGAGUUAAUUUUUGGCACAACUGACAUUAUCUGUUCGGAAUGAGUUCCGAAGUAAAUCCGAAUGCUCAAAAAAUUUCCAUUUCAUUCCACGUCGAAUUCAGUUAGAAAUGUGAAUCAAUGCGGAAUCCACUGCAACAACCAAUUUUUCGGAUAUACAAUUCUAGUAAAUGACCAAUUGUUCCUUAAAUUCCAGCAUGAACUCUUGAAAUUGAUUAGAAACCAACAAUCUUAGUCAGUAUCGUACAUUCCUCUAGCUGGAGUGUUUUGAAAUGGCGUAAGUCGUCUGACUUUUACACUAAUACAUGCAUUAAAUGAGCGAAAAUCCAAUGACAUUUGAAAUGUCACUGCCAAUCAGGUUGUUUGAGCACUCACAAAAACGAACAGUCGAGUAAGAAUUCAUUACUCAGUUCGUCUUUGAGACAAAGUGGGAAUGUAAGCAUCGAACUUAGUCUCUGUUGCAAACUACCAACCGGUUUAAUAAUUUAACAGUAGGAAUUCCGCCAUUUCACAUUACCAAGCCGACGAAAAGUAGAAUAAAUAGUGUAUAAUUCGCUCGGAAUUUUAAGAAUCUCCAUUUUCCGAUUCGAUUGUUUAUACGUAACAACUGGAGCUUAAUUUAACAGUAGUUAAUGUCAUAAUAAAUUCUGAAAUAGUGGAAUAUUUACGUUCAGAUGGUUUUUCAUUUUGUUGAGUCGUUUAUUCCUGCUUAUAUUUUUGUGAAUUUCGCGCAGUCUGAAUCUUCUAUUCGAGAGUCGGGUUUUUUCUUUCCAGGCCAUUAAAUUAAUCAAAGCUCAGCCAGUCUAGGAUGGUAGAUUCUACUUCGUAGAAGUGACCAACUUUCAAGGUCCAAAGUCGUUGUAAUAUAAACAAACAAAAAAUACAUGGAACUGCAACUUUCUGCUAUACCAAACAUCUCUCAUUCAACAAAAUUUAAAGCGUUCCAAAUUGGACUUUCUAGCAUUCAUUUCACGUUAAAUGUUGAGUAGGUGAAUUACCCAGUGUAAACCAUUUCAAGUACGAAUUUUUGUCGCACACGAAGGCUCGUUUUUUAAUUGGCCCAUCUUCAACUUCUAUCUAUAGCACAUUGAGUUUUGAUACUGAUAGCCAGAUACAUUUUAUCCCACACGAGUAGGUGAUUCCGAACCUUUCUUCUAAAACAUACGAAUCCUACUCCCAUACUUAUAAAAGUCCAAAAGUAGCACGCAAUCACCAGAGCGCAUAUUUGAGAAUAUUAAAACUUACUAUCGAAACGGAUCACACUAACACUAUCAAAACGUACGUUUAAGAGCUCAAUUUUAUACUAAAAAAAAAUUUAUAUCUCCAAACCCAAAAAAAGGUUGAUAUAUUUAAACUAGAAGUCAUCCAACUCUACCGAAAAAAAAUGGAAACAGUAACAACUGCAAUGUAGAAAAUCUGCGUGUAGAAACAAACAGGAUUAUACACCAUUUCAGUAAAAUUAUCAUUAAACAAUUACAGUACUUAUUGAAAAUGAUAAACUUAUUCCAAAUUACCAAGAAAUACUCAGAAACUCACCUUCGCCGCGUUAGAGUAGAAGAAAGGAAUAAAGAAACACUCAUACACACAGAUAGCAGCAUCAGCAACGGAGACUGUAGCAGUGCACUUCACGUUUGCUCAUUGUUCCCCUAAAACAUCAUCCAACGAAAGCGUAAGUAGGACAAGAAACGACUGCCAUACUGCCCUCAGCAAAUUCUCACAACAGAUCACGAAGGUAAAGAAACGAAAAAAUCAUGCCAUCACAGUAGGCCUGGCGUAAUGACCAUGGUAAGCUCACGUCAGAUGGUGAGAUGGCGCUAGUGUUUUGUUGGAAGAGAGUAAACGGAUAUCUCGAACUAGACUGAACUGCGUGAUGUUUGACCGCAAGUUUUCACCGAGUGUUCGGCAACCCUUCCCAGUGCAACCAGCUUUUCGCAAUGAAUGCUAAAUGCUAUCCUAUGACUGAAGCGUUCUCUGAGGACGUCGAAAGCAGUUCUAGUUUUUGGGUUGAUAUUAGAAAAUGAAAAUUACCGUGAGCAGUAACGGAAGUAACGCUGAGCCGCUAGAGUAUAUUUAUCCCCCAAAACGAAAUGUAUGUGUGUGUGUAUGCGCAUAUAAAAUGUGAUCCAGAGACUAAAACAAGCAAAUAAAUAUACACGUAGGAAUACACUAACACAGACAUACACACACAGCCGGAGGUGCAUAAAAUUACACAUACAGACAUGGCAACGCAGCAGAGAUAUAUUGAGAGAUAUUAAACUAAAAACAAAAGCAUUUAUAAUAGAUUUAUAUUUGGAAACAAAUCAGAUAUGAUAUUAAAUAAAAUAUUUAAACGAAAAUAUACUAUAUUAUCAAAAGGAUUAUUUAAUGAGGAAAAAAACCAAGAGAAGCAGAGAAUUUUGAUUCGAAUCCGUGUUUUGAACCGCAUGAAUGCCCGAUUUGGAAACGGAUUUUAAAGUCAGAUAGAUCCGGUAGAUUGAGCGAGUUUAUCCAAAAAAAUAGCACUCAUGCGAUCGGUAAAUACUUGAAACAUUUUCGUGUUAUUUUUAUUUUAAAGUAAAAGAAUAAAUAGAGAAAAAAAUCAAUUUAAGCAAAAACAUAAAAACUGACUGGAAAAUUAAGUAAAGAAUUAUAUUGUUGCGAAUAAAGCAAAAUCAUAACCUCAUCCAUUAUAGUAUUUCAUGUCAUCCCAGGAGUAAACCAAAAAAAACACGUACUUGCAUACCUAAAAGAAGAAAGCAUCCAUUAAAGCAUCGUCCCAUUCACUAAAACACACUUUGUAGAGGAAAGAUUUAAAAAAAGAAGAAGACAAGAACGCCCAAUAAGAUAAUUAUAUUUAGAUAACAAAAAGAAAAUCGAUGAAUGAGAGAAUGAAAAAAAAACAACAAAAAAAAAACAUCAGUGAAUAAAUGAGUUGACGAAAUCGAGCGGAACGAAAAUAACUAUUUCAACUCACACAUGUCAAAAAAACAAGAGCAUACAAUAAUGUCAACAUAAAAACAGGAGAUUUAAAAGCAAGUAGAGAACCAACGCUCAGUACUGUUAGAAGAAAUCCGGUAUUAUCGAUUUAAACCCCACAAAAAAAGAAAGAAGAAAAAAAACGAACACUAACACAUACAACCAUACACUUACAUGCAGAGUAAACGAAUCACUUAUUUCUAUGUAGAGUCAGCGGACAGAGAGAAAGAAAAAGGUAAAAACACAAUAAUAAUUGAAAGGAUAAAGAAUGCAUUUAAGACCGUAAAACUCCAUUAUCAAACAUAUACACAUAAAAGAAACUGAGAGAAACCAAAACAAAACAAGACUAUACUCCGGAGUCGGAGUUCAAUACUCGCCACUAAGGAAACAAACACACACAUACACACAC